GAAUCACUUAAGUUUCUGUCAGAUGUAUGGAAAAACUUGGAAGACACUCCCUUCACACAAAAAGAAGUGGAGCAGUAUAAUAACAUCACAAUGCUGGAAAUUAAAGGGAAAGUAAAAGUAGGACGGUGUAAAAGAUUAGGAGAGUUACCAGAAGGUAUAGAGUUAGUCAUUACUGCUAAAUGAGUGGAGGAGGAGGACAAAGGAGGAGAACAAAGGACAAUUUUUGUCCUCGGAGAAGAGGAAAAUUGUCCUCGGAGGACAGUUUUUGUCCUCGGAGGGGAGGAUUUUUGUCCUCGAAGGAUAAAAUUGAAGUAAAAAUGAACUUACAUGUGUUGAUUUCACGAAAUGACAGCUAUCUCCUCGCCUAUGCUUCUCUCAGUUCAGGUAGCUCCUCGACUGUGCUUGUCUCAGCUCAGGUAUUGUCUCAGCUUAGUUAUCUCCUCGGCUAUGCUUGUCUCAGCUCAGGUAUGUUUCCCUCACGAGAGCUCAACUGGAUAUGAGGUUCGGAACUCGAGUUGAGAGGUGAGAAAAUGCUGUGAAAACAAUGAAAUAUUUAAUAACUGUACUGAAAUCAAUCGAGAAUGCUAUUCAAAAUAUGUUUGAGUGAGCCCUAUGUUGAAAUGGUGUGAAAUAUUUAAUAAUAUUAGAAAUCAAUCGAGAAUGCUAUUCCUCUAUGUUGAAAUGCUGUGAAAUAUUUAAUAAUAUUAGAAAUCAUUCGAGAAUGCUAUUCAAAAAAGUGAGCCUCUAUCUUGAAAUGUUGUGAAAUAUUUAAUAAUAUUAGAAAUCAUUCGAGAAUGCUAAUAUGUUUAAGUGAGUUGACAUGGGGUAUUUCAGCUUCUAGCAGGUGUUUUCACUGUCCCAUGCAGAGUUCUAGACGAGAUUUUUUUUCCGUCUUCUAACACAUGGAUGCUAUUCGAAAAAUGAUCGAGUGUCUUAUAGGAGAGAGAAUACUUACAAACCGAUAACGAUGUGGGAGCACGUGUUGUUGAGGAGAAAUUUGAAUUUUUUUUGCCUUGUAGCACACUUCGCUCUCGCUCGCACGAGCCUGGAACAGAGAGAGAAACGUAUGCUAUAUAAACAGAAGCAAUGAGAGGAAAAUUAUCAUUUACAUCAGAGACAGAUUCGAGUAUACUUCACGAUGAGUUCUCCAUCAUCUUCAUACAUCUUACCAGACAGCCCACCACAGUGCAUCCUCAACUACUGGGAGCAGCAGCAGAAAGCUCGCAGCUCGGCUGCCACCUCCGCUGCCACAGCUGCCGCCUCCGCUGCCUCCCCCGCCUCCUCCUCCGCCUCACCCCUGAAGAGACAGGGAAUCUUCGUUCAACGAGAGAGGGGUGAGGAGAUCGUGAUUCCGGACAGUCCUCUGCCACAAUCUACACUGGCUACCUGGGCGCCGCGGCGUGCGGUGCUGUCAACUCAACCCAGCAAGCAGCCGGUGAAGAGGAGGCUAGUUUUCGAGGACAAGGGCGUGCUCACUCAAUCAAAGAAGUGUGCCGGAAGAGGACAAGAACUCAUCCAUGGUGCCGCUGAUGAAGGAGGUGCGACGAAGGGAGGAGGAGGAGGAGGAAGUGGAGAUAGAGAAUGAGAUGGAAUCGGAGAGCUUUCUAAGAUUAUUAAAUAGCCGCACCGAGAAGCCAUGGACGCCUCUGCGCGAGCUGGAAGAGGGGUUGCCAUAUCCAAUAUGUGACGUGAGAGAGGCGUCCAACCAGCACGGGUGGCGAAUUGUGCUCAAAAUCCGGGUACCCGGACUAAGAACAACAGAUGUUUAUCUUCCAGAAAGAUUUACCCGGAUUUUGAGCACAAAAGAUAUUGAAAAUUUUAAAUUAAAGUGCAAAACUUUAUCUCUGUUUGUAAAGCAUGUUAAUGCUUUUAUGACCGACAUAAAAAUUGUUAAAUUCUAAAUUAGCAUUUAACAAUUCUUAUGUCGCUAAGCAUCUAGCAUUAACAUGCUUUACAUGUUAUUAUUAUGUAUGUGUGAAAGUAGUGUUCA